CCGGGUUGCAUGCCGGUAUUGUGAGAGUGCUAUUAGUGCCUGUGAUCGCAGUGAGGCUCUGUCAGUUCCUGGAAGCUGAGCUGCAGAUUGUUCCUGUGCAGUGCUAUCACCAGCCAUGGCGGAUCCCAGCUCCUUCGCCUCUCCUGAUCACUUCAUCACCAGACACCUGAACCUCCAUCUUAGCCUGGAUUUCUGCAGCCGAGUUAUCAGAGCCUCCACCUCCCUGACCGUGCGAUCCCUGCAAGACAGCCUGAGCCAGCUGGUACAGUGACCAUCAUGUGCCACACCUGGCAUGGGGCAUAGAUAGGGCACUGAGUGCAUCACCUGGCAUGGGGCAUAGAUAGGGCACUGAGUGCCACACCUGGCAUGGAGCAUAGAUAGGGCACUGAGUGCCACACCUGGCAUGGGGCAUAGACAGAGCACUGAGUGCAUCACCUGGCAUGGGGCAUAGACAGAGCACUGUGUGCAUCACCUGGCAUGGGGCAUAGACAGAGCACUGAGUGCAUCACCUGGCAUGGGGCAUAGACAGAGCACUGAGUGCAUCACCUGGCAUGGGGCAUAGACAGAGCACUGAGUGCAUCACCUGGCAUGGGGCAUAGAUAGAGCACUGAGUGCAUCACCUGGCAUGGGGCAUAGAUAGGGCACUGAGUGCCACACCUGGCAUGGGGCAUAGAUAGAGCACUGAGUGCAUCACCUGGCAUGGGGCAUAGACAGAGCACUGUGUGCAUCACCUGGCAUGGGGCAUAGAUAGGGCACUGAGUGCCACACCUGGCAUGGGGCAUAGAUAGAGCACUGAGUGCAUCACCUGGCAUGGGGCAUAGACAGAGCACUGUGUGCAUCACCUGGCAUGGGGCAUAGAUAGGGCACUGAGUGCCACACCUGGCAUGGGGCAUAGAUAGAGCACUGAGUGCAUCACCUGGCAUGGGGCAUAGACAGAGCACUGAGUGCAUCACCUGGCAUGGGGCAUAGACAGAGCACUGUGUGCCACACCUGGCAUGGGGCAUAGAUACAGCACUGAGUGCCACACCUGGCAUGGAGCAUAGAUAGGGCACAGAGUGCAUCACCUGGCAUGGAGCAUAGAUAGGGCACAGAGUGCAUCACCUGGCAUGGGGCAGAGAUAGAGCACUGUGGGCCCACACCUGGCAUAAGAAAUAUUACCUUGUGUGCCACACCUGGCAUGGGGCAUAGGGCAUUGGCUGUAACAUGCAGCUCUGCAGUAAUAGGUUUAGGACUUGGCUCUCUAAUUAUACAUUAUAUCAGGGGGUACAAUGAUUUAUGUUUUUUUAUUUUUUUUUAUUUUUUUAUAAAUGUUGAACACUUACUGGUUACUAUACAACAAAUAUCAUGUACCAUAAAUUAUUAAUAAAUCAAGCAGUGAUUUACAGUGCAUUUAUCUAUUUCCUGAAAUUUAGCUUUUGCAUAUUGGUUCCCUAUUUCUUAAUUUUACAUGCUCUGCAAUUUGCCCCAGCCAAUCAUAAUGGAGAGCGGAAAGAGACAAUCAAACAGAAAUAAUUUGGGGCUUUAUCAAAAUGUCAUGAUCUGAAAAAGUGGUGCAAAUGCCUAUAAGUGGGGCAAUCACCAACAAACCAAAGAAUCAGGUAUUAGUGAUUUGCUGGAAUUUCACAACUUGGUAUCGUGACCUUGAUAAAAUGUAUGUAUUUCUCCUCUUUUAAUGCAAUGUGUGCUCGGGCUGUGCUAGAGCACACAUUGUCCAUUGUGAUGUCUAUUGCUAAAACAGAGGAACCAAGCAUCGUAAUCACUACAGUGUACUACCAUAACCACUACAGCUGUAGCAUUUGACUUCUAUAUACAAUAGUGCAACCAUGUGCUGCCCAUCAGUAUGUAUAAUAGCUGACGAGGCCCAAAGAAGGCUGAAACGAUCAUCCGGGGUUACUGUAUUUCUUGUGCAGAGAGAACUUGCCGGCAUUUAGGUUCUGGACUGCCCUUAUGAGUGGGAUCAGUCCGAUAUGCCUUGGAAAAGGUUCUCUCUGUAAUUGCAAAAGUGAUCAAUGAGACCUGAGCAGGGAUUUACCAAAGGGCAAGAUAUUGAGUUUCUCAAAGUUUUUGUCCUUUCUCAGAGUUCUUAUAUUCUUUGUUUUUGUUAUAAUUGAUAGAUAUUCAAAAAAUCUUGAUGGAUCUGGCAGCCCUCGAUAUAUAUGUUUUAUACUUCUGAUGAAGCCGAAUUGGUGAAACGCGUAAAGUGAUAUUUCUUAUAGCCCUUUUUGUUUUCUAUAUUGCUAAUAUUUGUUAUCAUUAAAUAAUUUUAAAGUGAUAUACUACUUUAUUUUUAUUCACCUUCCUCAUCACUUCCUGGUACCAUAUAUCCUUCAGUGGGGAUUAUACCACUGCAAGCCUUUUAUACUAGAGCAAGUUGUCUGCUCUAACAAAUGUGAGUACAACAACCUUCAUUUUAUUUUUUCCACAUUUGAAAUUAGAACUGCUACACUAUUGGAGUUCUCUCUCUUCUGUUUCCAUUUUAUUUAUGCCAUCACAUCAAUGGAGCAUUGAAAAGUUGAACUUUCUAUCCUGAGACGGGGAUUGUACCGUCCGUGCAAGUUAAGGUAGAGCUCCUGAUUAGCUCUACCAAAUGUGAGUUUGAAAUACCUCAGUUUAUACAUUAUUUUUGGUCUUUAUUAUAGAAUAUUGCACUAUUGUAUCUUCCUCUCUGUGUUUUAUUUGAGGAUAUAUUAUUCACACCGAUUAAGGGACAUCAAGUGUAUGUAUGAAAAAAUUUAUUUAAAGCGCAGUUUCUUCUCCUUCUUUUAUAUUGUUUCCUUACAAGGCUGGGAAUCCUUGCACUAGUUACUGCUGCUUAUUUACUCUUUUUGUUUUGAAGUGAGCACCCGACACACCUCUCCUCAGCCCUCGAUAUAAGUCUGCUCUAUGUUAGUCUGAUUAUCAUAAAAGGUUAUUAACUAAAUUCAGAAUUGCAGCAAAUUAAAUCCAUAUUGCAAAAUUAAAGCUAAAAUAGUCUAUAGCUGAGUUGGAGAACUUUUCCAUAACAACUAUUUUUGCAUAAAAUAUUGCUGUUUGUAUUGUAAUUUGCUACAAUUCAGAGUUUAGUGAAUAACGCUUAUAAUAUCUGUCUGUCUAAGUUCUUGAGGUGAAAUGAUAUUGUCAGCAUGUUGUGAAGAUAUGCUGUUCACGAUAUGCAAAGUCUUCUGAUUUGCAGAGUCUAAAGGUGAAUGGGCAGGUUCACAGAGUAGAACGCAGAUAUUUCAUAUUUUUAACAAUUAGCUAAUUUAAAAAAGUUAUUAUUUAAUCAUAGACACCCUUGGACUCUGGCAGUAAUGGUGGCUGAAGAUCGAUGAGAAAGAACUUGUCUGACACCGUUCAGCUCUCUGCUACUAGUAAAGCUGCCAUAUCCGCCAUGUUUUCAUGGACUCCUGUUCAAGGAUUAACCCCAUAAAACAUAAUUUUUAUAUAUUAAAGGGUAGCACACGGGUGAGACAUUCUAAAAAAUUUUUUACAUGUCCAAGAGACUAAAGCAGUAGCUUAAUCUACUUAUCCUGACACACGAAAGAACAAUUUCAGUUACAAAAAUGUGGGCCCUAAUGUGGGCUCUUUGUGUGUUUUGUUACAUGUGAUGGCUGUGUGUACUGUGUAUAUAUAUUUGUUUUGCGUAAUGUGUGUGCUGGCUGUAUGUGAGAUGUGUGACCAUGCUUCCUUACUUCAUACCUUUCUGCAGGGAUGGGAUGAUCUUUGGUGGUACAAAGGUGGGUCUUUGAUCCCUGGUGGUAUAGGGGAUAAUUACAUGGUAGUUUUUCGAGGUCCCUUGGUCCUUAACAUUUUGAAGGUUUCUGUGCCCAGGUGUCCUUCAGGAUCCCAGUGCUUUUGCGUCCUUUUGGUUCAUGGUGUCCUCCAGGAACCUGGCCCACAGGCAUCCUCCAAAUUCCUGGUGUCUAAUUAUUUUCCAGGAUCCCUUCUCUCUAGCAUUGUGCUCCAUUUUUUUUUAAAUAGUGUAUUAUUAUUAUUAUUAUUAUUAUUAUUUAUUAUUUAUAUAGCUCCAAAAAAUUCCACAGGGCUUUACAAUGGGUGAACUAACAAACAUGUAAUUGUAAACAGACAAGUUGGACACACAGGAACAGAGGGGUUGAGGACCCUGCUCAAUGAGCUUACAUGCUAGAGGUAGUGGGGUAAAGUGACACAAAAGGUAAGGAUAGUAUUAGAGAAGUAGAUUGGUAUGGUAUGAAUAUGACUAUGAUUUUAUAAAAUGAAUAUAAUAUGAAUAUGAUUUUAUGAUAUGAAUAUGACUAUGAUUUUAACAAGACUUAAUCAGCUAGGAUAGAUCCUACAGUGUAAAGAUGUAAAACCAUAAAUGCAGAAAACUGAGACUAUAGCCAUUUAAUCAUAAUCCGACAUUUAACUGAGAAAACAUAUUUAGAAUAAGUAAACGCUAGGAAUACAGUCAGAUGGUCUGAUUAAUGUGUUAAAGGAAAACUCCACAUUUAUACAUACAUUUGUGUAUAACCCUGCAGAGAUAUUCACUAUAGUGAGAAAUGUCAAGUAUUCAGAGUGAAUUUCAUAUUUAUGGUCAAAAUAGCCAAACUGGAAGAAAAAACUCUAUUCUUUCAGUUUGGCUAUUUUGGCCUCAAAUUUGAAUUCACUUUGAAUUAAUAACAAUUCUCUCUUUAGUGAAUAGUGCUGUUACAGUGACAUAUUGCUAAUUUAGAUUUUAGGUAGCCCCUUUUACCUGAAAAUAAAUAAUUAACUUAUUAGUAAUCGAGCAACAAAAGGGUGUUUCUUUGCAGCCAUGAUCUGACUGCUGUGAGAUUAGUAUUAAUAACCUCCCAGCCAAUAGAAUGCUUCAAAUAGAGAGGCAUAACAAUGCAGGCAUAUGUUAAACAUAGAAACAUAGAAUGCCCAAUUUUCUAAAUACUUUCAUUAGUCCCUGGCCUUAUCUUAUAGGUAGGAUAGCCUUAUGCCUCUCCCACGCAAGCUUAGACUUCUUUACUGUGUUAACCUCUACCACUUCAGAACUACUCGUGUUCGUCAAUAGCCAUUCUGCACCUUCAGUGCUUCUCAUAGAGAAGCCUGUAAACCAAUACUUCUCUGUGAGAAGCCCUCAAGGGACUCACAGCACUUUAUAAAAGAGACAAUUUCUCUUGCAAUCUGCACCUUUCUAAAGUGACAAAUGGGAGGACAUUCUUUUAAUGCCUGAAGUACCUAAGGGGUAAUGAACCCCAGUCACAUUUAGAUUCAAGGCCUCCCUGUAUGAACGGAAAUAAUAAGGUUUUACUCCCCUUUAAUCCUGCAGUGUCCCGGUCUCAAUAAUGUGAAUCUUAAAAGCCUAAGGACACUAUAAGUACAAAAACAACUUUAGAUUAAUGGAGCAGUUUUGGUGUAUAGAUGAUGCCCCUUUUUCUGUCCUGGCUGAGAUGGAAAGCAAGAAAAACAGAUGAGAUUAACUUGACCCGAGAGAGGACUAGCGAAGGAAGCCAGAAUUCUGGAUUGAAGUAGGAGAAAUCUGAUGAAAAAAAUAUAUAUGGAAAAGCUCUCUCUGUGAAACACUGGGAAAGACAUAAUAUGCAAACCCAAACCUGUUUGUUUUUUUCUGUGGCAUGUUUAGGGUGGGUAGACAUAUUUUCCAAAUUAUACGCAUAUUGCCCACUUGAAGAGUUACAAAUAUGAUGAAGCAAUGGUAAGAAAAUCUCAAUUAGCUAAAAUGCAAGGGAAGAGGAAGCAAAUCACUUCCUCUUAUAUUGCAAUUAUUAAAGCAAGAAUAAUUCAGUGAGAGCAUGAUCAGCAAGCAUAAAUAUAAACAUAUAUAACCUACAUGUUCAUAAAUGUAAAAAACAUGAACAUUGAACAGAAGUAAAGAAUUUCAAAAUGUGAGUCCUACAUAAGAUGACUUAAAAUGUUUACAAAGUAAGCAUCUUUGAUUACAGGUCAUCAGUAGUGAUGAGUUGCAGGAUAGUAAUGGACGUCAGGAAUGAGGAGACUCUCCCAAAGCUGACACAAGGUGGGUCUAACUGAUUUUAGCUCUUUUAGUGACAAAAUAGGGGCAUUGAUCUAAGCCAGGGAUGUCAAUCUCAUUUGUUCUGGAGGGCCAAAUUGUCCACUGAUAUAGGUAUGGCUGCCAGGGGAAAUGAACAGGGGUACGGUACCGUUCACUAUUAUUGGGCCACAAGGCUUGAUAUAAGAGUAGUCUUGCAGGCCAAAUACAUGGGCUCCAUAUAAGGGCUGUAGGUAGGCCUUAAGUUUGAAAAGCCCUGAUCUAAGCAGUUUAAAGAGCUACUCUUAUCACAAAACUCACUUCCACAUCUUAAUGAAAUAAAUUUGUUCUUUUUUGGACAAUCUAAAACGAUGCCAUUUCUGAGGAAUAGCAAUAUAUCAAUGGUCCGACAUCUGGCGCUGACAGCCACAAGAGGCACUUUCUCAUUGAAGACCUUUGAUGAGAACCAUUGGAUUGGCCGGAGAACAACAGAACAGGCUGCUUCAUAGAGACUGUCCCAGCUGCUUUACAUUUUAGUUUAGUGGCUUUUUUUUGUUUGAAAGGGUGGGGCCAGUAAUUUAAAAGGGAAGAGUGUUCAUCUAAGAGUCAAUAUGUGUUGCAAUUGUUCUCAAAGCUAACAAAUGAAAACAAUGGUGACUGCGGAAAAUGAUGUCACAGCCACUAAACCACACUGUCUGAAAAGAUCCCUUCCGACACAUAUCCAGAGGAAGAGGAACUGUUUUUGUGGUUAGAUAUAUCAUCAGCAUAUUUAUAAUACAAAGUAUGUAUAUUUAUUAUCACAUAUUAUAAAUCUUGUGAUAACCAGAUUCAGGCUGCACUUUACACUCCUGAGCAGCACCUUGCUGACAUUGUAAUAGUUUAACCUCUUCAGGACACAAGAUGGAAAUGUUUAUUUUAUUAUUUAUGUUAUAUGCAAUUUAAGUGCGCUGUUUAUUGGUAUGACAUGCGCAAAAGUUUGGACAACCUUUUAUCCAAUCCCUUAGAUAUUUCUUUGUAAGGUCUCAAAUCUUUAUAUGGUUAAAGGAACACUGUAGGCACCCAGACCACUUCAGCUCAUUGAAGUGGUCUGGGUGCAGUGUCCCUUUUGCACCUAGUACUGCAAAGUUAAACAUUGCAGUUUCAGAGAAACAGCAAUGUUUACAUUGCAACACUAAGUCAGCCUCUAGUAGCAGUCUACCAUGCAGUCACUGGAGGACUUGGAUGUUUGGACAGGAGCCAUUAGGGGAGUAAUUUUAGUGCUUUCCAGAGGAGCUAUCUUGAGUAGAUGCGCCUCUGUUCAUGACCAUUUCUAAAAGCACAAGUGGUCAUGGUGGUUGGGGUAACCCUUUAACCCCUUAAGGACACAUGACAUGUGUGACAUGUCACGAUUCCCUUUUAUUUCAGAAGUUUGGUCCUUAAGGGGGUUAAAAAAAAAAAAAGGUACAUUGCAUUACAGUUAAAGGACCACUAUAGUUCCAGGAAAACAUACUCAUUUUCCUGGCACUAUAGUGCCCUGAGGGUGCCCCCACCCUCAGGGUCCCCCUCCCGCCGGGCUCUGGAAAGGGGAAAGGGGUUUAAACUUACCUUUUCCAGAGCUGGGCGGGGAGCUCUCCUCCUUCUCUCCUCCUCCGUGCGCGCAUUCAGCCGGUCGCAUAGGAAAGCAUUUACAAUGCUUUCCUAUGGACGCUGGCGUGCUCUCACUGUGAGACAGCCACUGAGACAGCCACUAGAGGAUUUGGGGGAAGGCUUAACCCAUUAAUAAACAUAGCAGUUUCUCUGAAACUGCUAUGUUUAUUAAAAAAUGGGUUAACCCUACCUGGACCAGGCACCCAGACCACUACAUUAAGCUGAAAUGGUCUGGGUGCCUAGAGUGGUCCUUUAAAGGUACAUUAAAAGUGCCAUAAUCAGUACAGCUCUCUGUAGUGUUUAUGGCACCAGGAGUGAACUGAUCAGUCAAACUGUUUGCUAAAGGUUUGACUUCUUACCCUAGAAGACUUUGGUACGCCUUUGCCGAUGCCCUUCUUAUGUGAACUCCAUUAUAGGAACAGCAUCCCAGAAGGGAUGAAAUCAGACUGUACUGUUAGGUGUGUUUUGUUCUGGACUUUCUCAAAGAAAAAUGCUAAAUUGAUAGAUUACCCCUGGACCUAUAGGGAAUGGACACUUAACUGCUGGACAGGGCCAUGCAGAGUACAACAAGGGAAGUGGCUAACAAAAAUGUUACAAUGUAUAGUGUAUUGUUAGUAAUGAGUCUUUCACUUACCAGGAGGGCAGCAGAGUAAAAGCAUGUUUAAUUUCUCCCACCCUCCUUUGCCAAAACAUUUUGCUGUGUUUUGUUGUCUUUUAUUAAUUUUCUUUUCUUUGUCAAGCUUGCAAAAGUUUCUGGCCAACAGAAUAUAUAGGAAUGUAGCAAUGCUGCCUCUGCUGGGCACUGGGGAGACAUGCCAUGCAUGGACCGCUAUGGCUAACAGUACUAGAGCUCAGGGAUUUUGGUUAACUGACUACUUGGUAGGACAGAAUUAGGUUUUAAUGUUGGUACUUAAUAAAGCUAUUGCCUGUGCUCUUUACCAAAAGGAUUGUGUUGGGAUGUUGUUUAUGGGAUCCCUGGUUCACCAGUCAUGAAUCUACAGAGUGGCCAUCAUAUAUACCUACGUUUAUCAAUGCUAGAGGCUGCCAACAUUCAUUAUAAAGCUAUUUCAAGCACCAUGACCACUUCAGUGAUUUGAAGUGGUUAUGGUGACAAACUGCAUUAGAGAGGGUGGGCUAUGGGUGCAGUUUUUUUUUUUUUUUAACUGCUCACUAAAAAAACGAUUCUUUGCGCCAUAACCACUGCAAUGAACUUUAGCUGCUACAAUGAGCUGUAGAGGUGAUCGUGUUUAUAGAGAUUUUAUUAAAUGCAUUAAUUUAUUUAUCUUAAGGAGGAGUUACUGUUACCCUUUAUAACACAUCUGUUUUUUUUUUAUAAACAUGCAAUUGGGCAUUCCUAGCUAGUACAAAAAAAAUUAUUUAAAGCUUCCAGCAUUUGUCUCCAGUCCUCUGUCCGACAUCAUCCCUGCACUUGUGCGGUCCGGUCAAAUGGUUCUCAUUUGACUGGACCAUUUUGCCUGUUCAGAACUCAUACUUGCGCUCUGAGCUGACGAAAGGAUGGAAGAAGAGGGGGCAGGAGGGAAGUUUUUUUUUUUUUAAAUUGAGUUCAGCUAUGGAGGGAGAUGGGGGGGGGGGGAGAGCAAGCUUCCCCUGCAAGUAAAAGAUCAAAAGAUCACUACAUCUGUCACCAGCACGCAGUGCAGGCUGACAACAAAUGAAAUUUUUGUACAAGUUUGAUACUGGGCACAAAAGUUAUUAUAUCUUUGAAUGUGCAGCAUUUCAAACAGAAACACUGCACAGACACGUACCAACAUAACAAUUUCAAAUUACUGAAGUGGUCAAGGUGGUUGGUGUAACCCUUUCAUUAAUAAAAUAAAUAUUUAAUAAUAUACAUUUAACAACCUAAAUAAAUAUGUUAACUAUCAAAAUUGUGGUAAUGACACAUUUGUGUAAUGAGAACAAUAUCUACUUUUGCAGUUCACAUCCCCACUCCAGUAGUCAAUGGGCCCUUGGUUAAUAACCGUGUCAGAGUAGCCCUUUAAGAUGCCAUUAGUACAUAUACCUGUGGCAUUUUCUUAAGGUAAUAAACAUGAUUUGCUUUUAUUGUGCAUUUGGGGAAAAUACAAAGGCAUCAUUACAAUGGAGUUCAGUGACAAAAACUCGAAUUUUGAAGAUUUGUCAAGAAAAUUGUAUAAUUUAUACCAAAAUGGAAGAAUUAGAAACAAUCUAUAACUCGAUAUUAUUUUAUUAUUAUUUUAUUAUUUUGGGGUAUUUAUUUUUUGCCUAAAAUUUUCCAAUCCUUUUGACAGUUUUCCACCAUGCCAUAUUUAAUGAAUAAACCCAAGUGCUAUUUUUAACAGUAUUUCAAACAUUAUGUUAUAUUUUAAUAAUGUUAGAAAAAACAGAAUGUCCCUAAGUGGGACUAUUGGUGUGUACAAGUGAACCAGUGAGGGGGUAACCCUUAAUUUGACAACAGAGAAAAAUAUAUGUGUCCAGAGGAUACUAAUCCAAUAGACACAAGAAAGGUUCAUUGUAGAAUAUAGAACUAAUAUUAGAAAGACGUAACAAUUAGAUAAGUUUUAUUACAUAUUUUCAGAAAAAGACAUAUAUAACAUAGACCCAUUAAAAAAGAGAUAAUGUAUUUCCCAUCGGGGGAUCCUUCACAUAGACAUAAUACCUGUUGUUAUCUGAGUAUUUGAGUACAAGGGUGGUCUCUGAUGGGUCUACAAUGGUAUACUACAAAGUAUGAUUAUCCUUGGAUUAUUUUAGCACUAAAUGCUAUACUUUCAAAUGGUUAACUAUUGAUCAUUUUAAUAUACCCUUAAUAGUGGUUUUGUUUUAGAAGGCUUUCAUUGCUUUUCCUUAUUGCCACAAGGGACUUAGUGUAAAUGAUUUAUAUAGUUAUAUUAGAGUGACAGGUUUCUUUAGGUGUCAGUCUGGGGUUAUUACAGGUUAAAAUUGGUUAUAAGUACAAACUAUACGACUCAGAUUUUCUACUAUAGUGGUGCUUUUUUUCUAGGGCCUUAGACUGCCUUUAAUUCUAACCACAAGAGGUCUGAAGUUGUUAUAUACACCUUGUUUUUUACUAUCAACUCAUGCUAUUAUACAGCUAUAUGAUAUAAAGAAUAUACUGUCAAAUGGUUAACCAGCGAUCACUAUAGUAUACCCUUAAUGGAUCACUAUAGAGUCAGGAAAACAACGCGGUUUUCCUGACACUAUAGUGCCCUGAGGGUGCCCCCACCCUCAGGGUCCCCCUCCCGUGGCGCUGAAGGGGUUAAAACCACUUCAGCAACUUACCUUAAUCCAGCGCCGGGCUCCCUGGGCGCUGGUGACCUCUCCUCCCCCACCGACGUCAGCUCCCGAGUGGAGCGGAAUGCGCAUGCGUGGCAAGUGCUGCGCGCGCAUUUAAACAGUCCAUAGGAAAGCAUUUCUCAAUGCUUUCCUAUGGACGUUCUGCACGUUGGAUGCAAAUUUGGCAUCCAGCGUCGCAGAUGCGUCUCUAGUGGUUGUCAGGAAGAGAGCCACUAGAGGUUGGAUUAACCCCAAAUGUAAACAUAGCAGUUUCUCUGAAACUGCUAUGUUUACAUCUGCAGGGUUAAAACCUGAGGGACCUGGCACCCAGACCACUUAAUUGAGCUGAAGUAGUCUGGGUUCCUAUAGUGUCCCUUUAAUAAUGGUUUUGUUUUAGAAGGUCAUUUCAUUGCCUUUCUGUAUUGCCACAAGGGACAUAGUGUAACUGAUAUACAGUAUAUAGCUAUAUCAGAGUGACAAGUUUAUUUUUCUCGAAAUAUUUAAUAAAACUUAUCUAAUUGCUGUCUCUCUAAUAUUAGAACCUUUCUUGUGUCUAUUGGAUUAGUAUCCUCUGGACACAUAUACUUUUCUCUGUUUUAAUAAUGUUACUGUCAAUCAAAUUAUGUGUCAGAGGCAAAAAAAGCAAAGAUACGUUAAAAUAAAUAUAUUCCACCCUACUAACUGAUAAGUCGCAAAAAAUACUUGUCCGCCUAUGAAUGACUACAUUUCCAUUGAUGCUUUGCGCGGCUGGCAAAGUUUCCCGUUGCAUGCCGGGAUUGUGAGAGUGCUAUUAGUGCCUGUGAUCGCAGUGAGGCUCUGUCAGUUCCUGGAAGCUGAGCUGCAGAUUGUUCCUGUGCAGUGCUAUCACCAGCCAUGGCAGAUCCCAGCUCCUUCGCCUCUCCUGAUCACUUCAUCACCAGACACCUGAACCUCCAUCUUAGCCUGGAUUUCUGCAGCCGAGUUAUCAGAGCCUCCACCUCCCUGACCGUGCGAUCCCUGCAAGACAGCCUGAGCCAGCUGGUACAGUGACCAUCAUGUGCCACACCUGGCAUGGGGCAUAGAUAGGACACUGAGUGCCACACCUGGCAUGGGGCAUAGGCAUGGGGCAUAGACAGAGCACUGAGUGCAUCACCUGGCAUGGGCAUAGACAGAGCACCGAGUGCAUCACCUGGCAUAGACAGAGCACUGAGUGCACUCCUGGCAUGGGGCAUAGACAGAGCACUGAGUGCAUCACCUGGCAUGGGGCAUAGACAGAGCACUGUGUGCCACACCUGGCAUGGGGCAUAGACAGAGCACUGAGUGCAUCACCUGGCAUGGGGCAUAGACAGAGCACUGUGUGCCACACCUGGCAUGGGGCAUAGACAGAGCACUGAGUGCAUCACCUGGCAUUGGGCAUAGACAGAGCACCGAGUGCAUCACCUGGCAUAGACAGAGCACUGAGUGCCACUCCUGGCAUGGGGCAUAGACAGAGCACUGAGUGCAUCACCUGGCAUGGGGCAUAGACAGAGCACUGUGUGCCACACCUGGCAUGGGGCAUAGGCAGAGCACUGAGUGCAUCACCUGGCAUGGGCAUAGACAGAGCACUGUGUGCCACACCUGGCAUGGGGCAUAGACAGAGCACUGAGUGCAUCACCUGGCAUUGGGCAUAGACAGAGCACCGAGUGCAUCACCUGGCAUGGGACAUAGACAGAGCACUGAGUGCAUCACCUGGCAUGGGGCAUAGACAGAGCACUGAGUGCCACUCCUGGCAUGGGGCAUAGACAGAGCACUGAGUGCAUCACCUGGCAUGGGGCAUAGACAGAGCACUGAGUGCCACACCUGGCAUGGGGCAUAGACAGAGCACUGUGUGCAUCACCUGGCAUGGGGCAUAGACAGAGCACCGAGUGCAUCACCUGGCAUGGGGCAUAGACAGAGCACUGUGUGCAUCACCUGGCAUGGGGCAUACAUAGAGCACUGUGUGCAUCACCUGGCAUGGGGCAUACAUAGAGCACUGUGUGCCACAACUGGCAUGGGGGAUAGUUCGCGAACUGCAACAGGCAGCAUUGCAGGAAUAGGCCCAGGCUACAGCCAGAGCCCUAGUCAUAACUUAAUAUUGUGUAUAUAGCGGAGAUUUUAAAUUGUGUGACAUCAUUUUUAUUUUGUGUGUAUGUUCUAUAAGUUAUUGUAGUUAUGUGUAUCCUUUCCUGCAAUUGGUGGUAGUUGCUUUUGUGACCAGCAGCUACUAUCUGUAGAUGUUACCGUUCUGUCCCUGUUACAGAUGUGCUGGGGAGAUGCAGAGAAUGAAGCCCUCUCUCCCCACCUCCCCUCCUGUCAUAUCCCUAAAAGGAGAGAGGCUGAAUCAAGGAAGCAGAUGUAAUUAUCUGCUACCUGGGAGUGUAACUAACACUAAUGUUGGGAAGGCCAAGACACACAAAUUCCCUAGUCAGUAAAUUACCUCAAGAAACUAGCCAUAACCUUAAUUAUAAAUAAAUAAUAAAACAGUAAUCAAAGAUAUGUGAUGGUGAAGCAUUUAUUAAGGCACAAUAAUGCUAUUUUGGGGUUAUGGAGACUUUUAUAACCAAUAUCUAUUGGGCUUUUCAUACUUUCUCACAGCAUUUAGCAGAAGAUGCUGAAGUUUUCUAAUACAAUAUACACACUAUCUAAAGAGCGGUUUACCCUUGACAAAAUGUCCCAAUGUCUUUUUAUAUUGAGUAAAUAGAUGCUUUAAAGGUGUAUUCCUGACGCAAUAGUUUUAAACCCACUAUUUUUUUACUCACACUGAAAAGGCAGUGUUUACAUUAAAAAGCAUGGAGGGAUAUGUUAUUGACACCAGAACCACUACAUUAAGCUGCAGUUGUUCUGGUGAAUAAACUGCUCCUUUAAAUUAUAUAUAAUAUUGCUCAUAAACUUAAUUCCAGUGACAUUUGGGUGAAGGUUUUUUUCUCCGCUGAAACAUAGUUGCUCAUGAAAUUCUUUAUUUUGCAAGAAUACUGUUGAGUUACAGUAUCAGUUACACUUUACACAAUACCUGCCAGUAAUUGAUUCCUGUAUGCUACAGUAAUCUCCUCUGGAGAUUAUUUUGCUGAAUUUAAUCUCCAAUUGUUUGCAGUGAACGAAUACAAUUUGUUUGCUAUUUUUUCCCCCCCUCUGACAAUUGCCACGUGCAUGAUGCAUUGCCAGGACCAAAAGGUACCUAUAUUAGACAUGCAUCCAAUUUUAAAUGAAUGACAAAAUCAAUGAAAAUUUCAGUUUUUGUUAAUUUAAUCUGAGAACUAAUAACAAAUCGCUGUAUGAACAAAUAGGUCAAACAUAAUUGUUUCGUUCAUCGCAAUUUGUAUCCGCGCGUGGACUGCUGUAGCCAUGCAGGUUUUUUUAAAUAAUUCUUAUUUAUUUUUUGGGCUGGGUGUGUUUAUGCAAUUGCAUAGCCUAUCUUUAAAAGUCAUUGUUUGCUUUCAUUUUGCAUUAACCUGUUUUAGUAAACCAGUCCAUUCAUUUCCAUAGAGAUUAAAGGACCACUAUAGGCACCCAGACCACUUUAGCUCAUUGAAGUGGUCUGGGUGCCAGGUCCCUCUAGUUUUAAUCCUGCAGCUGUAAACAUGAGGGUUAAUCCAGCCUCUAGUGGCUCUCCCACUGACAGGCACUAGAGGCUACUUCCGCGAUUCUCACUGUGAAAUCCACAGUGAGAAGACGCUGGACAUCCAUAGGAAAGCAUUGAGUAUGGGCUGUUUGAGUGCGCGCGCGGCUCUUGCGGCGCAUUUGGUGCUGACGUUUGCAGGAGCAGGAGAGUUCCCCAGCACCGAGGGAGCCCGGCGCUGGAGACAUGUAAGUGGCUGAAGGGGUUCUAACCCCUUCAGCCCAGCGGGAGUGGGGCCAUGAGGGUGGGGGGGACCUAAUGACCCUAGAGUGCCAGGAAAACGAGUUUGUUUUCCUGGCACUAUAGUGGUCCUGUAAUGAUUCGAAUGAAUGAAAAUUUGUAAUUAUUUCAGACAGACCAGGGUAGAUACUGAAUGAAUUUUGGGUGAUCCAAUACAAAAAAUAAAUAUUUUAGAACGAAAAAAAAAAUCUCUUUCCAUGCACCCCUGUAAUCUAGAUUUCUACAGCAUAUCUCAUUAUGUCUACCUGGAUUUAUUCAAAAUAAACUAAUUAGGUGAACAGUGUAUCUGUAGGAUCACUCAAAGCCUAAUAUUUACUUAUGUGUAUCUUGUUCUUUAUGUGUGGUGUAUGAGGGCAUUUACUGUUUCAGUUUUUUCUCAUUUAAACAAACAAAAAAAGCAAUAAUAAAGUUUUAGUUUAAGGAAAAAACCUUCCCUCAAUCCUGUGCCAGGACCACUUUCCUCCUACAUCCCAAUGUCCCGCAACAUUGCUGCUCUUAAGGGUCCAAUCAAAUGCUUCUCAUAAAAAAGCAUUGGUUAAUCUUGGGAUGCAUGCGCUUCCAGCUCAGAAACCCAUCACACAGACCAUUCUGCUAGAGACAUUUAAUCUAAUGAUUCUCUAUCAGAACAAGUGAAUGCUUUAUCAUGUGUGCAGUGCGUGUAUUCACGAGUUGAGUGACAGCUCAUGGUUUUUGCUAAUGCCCACCUUCCAAUCCAAGUGCCGAGGGGGAAGGGACGGAAUAUUGGGCAGUCUAUUAAAGUGAAGUCCUUAAGGCUUCCCAUUGCAGGCAUGCUCACAGCGCUGCCUGCAAGGGAAGAACCUGAUUAUGUAUGUUGCCAGUACACAGUGUGCAUUGACAAUGGCCAUUCAAAAAAAAUUAUAAUAAUUAUGCACAGAGUUAACGUUAGUCAGUCUAGAACAGUGUUCCACCCUGACUACAUCACUUACACCGGAGGUGUGGCUACACUCUGGCAGCAAAGUAGGAAUAUCUAGAUUGCUGCACGUACCAUGGCCUCUUCUAAAAGCAGAAGUGGCCAUGGUGGUUGGAGUAACCUUUUAAACUUUAUCCUUUUUUGUGCAAUAUUAACUGAGAAUCUAGAAGACCUUUUUAGUUCACUGCUUCCUGUCUUGUCUUUCUUAUUUAUUUAUUUUUAACUAAACAGAGAUAGGGCACCUGCACAUGUGUAUUUGGCUUGCAAAUAAAAUGCAUAAAAUGGAUAAAAAAACUUUACAUUUGUUUAUUUUCUGGCCAGUAUUAUAUACUCUUUUUGAUAAGCUGUAAUAAAGAGAAAGAGAUAUGCUAUAGCAACUUAAUAUUUCCUAUUAUACAUAUUUGUUUAACCACUUAAGGACACAUGACAUGUCAUGAUUCCCUUUUAUUCCAGAAGUUUGGUCCUUAAGGGGUUAAAGGGUUGAAUGCCUGGAAUGUAUUCAGACACCAAGUUUUAUUUGAAAAAUACAUUGGACACUUGUUCCUACCAAACGUGGCACUCUCUGAGUGUAUCACUAAUGUUAUAACUGUGAUGGCCUACUUUGGUACCCUGAUGCAUUUUAGACGCCCGAUGGCCAUUGUUAAAAAUAUAGUUGGCAAACAUCUGGGAUGUCCAGGUCCUCCAUCACUCUCCUGCAAUACAAUAUGAGUGAGGAAACCCACACCAACACAAUUCUGUGUGGAUAAUAUCUCAUCCUCGGCAGAGUUGAUAAUUCUUAGGUUUUCUGAAAACAUCUGUGCUUCUAGAAUGCUGGUUCCUUACAUGCUUAGCAGAAGAUUAUCAGGGUCAUUAACUAAAGACUAAAACGUAAAAAUGACUGAUCUGGAAAAGUUCUCCAACUUAGUACAGCUUAGCUGUUUUUGCCUCUUGUUUUGCCAUUCACUAAAAUUCAGAGUUGAAUGUAUAACUACUAAUAGCUUUAAAGUGGUUUUUGAUCAAUGCUUCUCCUGAUUUUUAGGUUUUUGACACCAAGGACCUCACUAUAAAGAAGGUUGCUGUGCAAGGACAAGAUGCCAAAUUUAAACUUGGAACAAGUCACAGUUUUAAAGGAACGCCUCUGGAAAUAACACUUCCAUUUCCCCUGACAAGGUACUUCUGACAUGUAUUUAAACCUUUAAGUCCGCUGUAUUUUUAACGUUUAUCUGCAUAGUAUUAAAGCUAUUGAAAUAUAUAAUGAAUACAAUACUGGUGUUUGGUUAACUAAUAAUUCCAUAUUACUCUGCCAACAAUAGCGUAACACAGAAUAAUGGCCGUUGUACUGUACAAACCUAUUGGAAAGGCCAAAUGUGACCCUUCUGAUGUAGAGGGAUUUGUUCCUUGUUACAGGGAACUUUAGGCACUGAUAAAUUAAUGUUUGUUUUUAUUCUGUUCCUACCCUUCAAUUGAAAGUUCAUGCUAACAUACAGUACUUUUGGUUUACACAAGCUCUAUUGUAUGUGCAUAUGUUAUUACCCAACAAUACAAAUAAAACCAAAAGAAAGAAAACGCAUACCAUUUAAUUCUAACAGAUUCAGACCCUUUAUAGAGAUUAUGAAGUAUAUUUAAAAGGAUGGUCAAGUGAUGUCAUUAUUGUGAUUGUAUUUAUGAAAGUGUUCUAAAAGUGAGAUUUCUCCACUUUAAAUUCCAAAAAUCUUCUCUGAAAUAUCCAUUUCAGUACCCUGACAUUUUAGAGUGGCAGAAAAGAGAAGUGAAACAGAAUACUUUGCUGAUGGGGGGAGAUAUGCUAAACCUUCCUCAUAGAGAUGCAUUGACUCAAGGCAUCUCUAAGUGGUGAUGCUGAUUGGCCAGGGCUCUGCCCCCACCCCACCAGCUUUGUGUUCCUGACACUAUACACUAUAUAGUGCUCCUUUAAUCGCACACCAGAGGCUCCUGCAGGCACUAGCAAACUAUGAACAGAGCAGAAGAUAAGAAAACUGCAAUUUUACUCACUGUAAGUUCCUUUUUCCUUAAUAUGGUGGCAGUACAGUGGGGAUGUACUCUUCCCAUGGGACACGCAUCUGAAAUUAAAAAAUUAACAUAAAUGUUCCUCCCCCAACACGUAUAAGACACCAACCUGCCAUGGACCCUCAGUACAUCCCAAUAAAACAUCAGAGACUUACUACUGCAAAAAUAUCAAAUGUAUUAAUUAUGGGAUGGAGAGAAACAUAGAACAUAGAAACAUAGAAUGUGACGGCAGAUAAGAACCAUUCGGCCCAUCUAGUCUGCCCAAUUUUCUAAAUACUUUCAUUAGUCCCUAGCCUUAUCUUAUAGUUAGGAUAGCCUUAUGCCUAUCCCACGCAUGCUUAAACUCCUUUACUGUGUUAACCUCUACCACUUCAGCUGGAAGGCUAUUCCAUGCAUCCACUACCCUCUCAGUAAAGUAAUACUUCCUGAUAUUAUUUUAAACCUUUGUCCCUCUAAUUUAAGACUAUGUCCUCUUGUUGUGGUAGUUUUUCUUCUUUUAAAUAUAGUCUCCUCCUUUACUGUGUUGAUUCCCUUUAUAUAUUUAAAUGUUUCUAUCAUAUCCCCCUGUCUCGUCUUUCCUCCAAGCUAUACAUGUUAAGAUCCUUUAACCUUUCCUGGUAAGUUUUAUCCCGCAAUCCAUGAACCAGUUUAGUAGCCCUUCUCUGAACCCUCUCUAAGGUAUCAAUAUCCUUCUGAAGAUACGGUCUCCAGUACUGUGUACAAUACUCCAAGUGAGGUCUCACCAGUGUUCUGUACAAUGGCAUGAGCACUUCCCUCUUUCUACUGCUAAUACCUCUCCCUAUACAACCAAGCAUUCUGCUAGCAUUUCCUGCUGCUCUAUUACAUUGUCUGCCUACCUUUAAGUCAUCAGAAAUAAUCACCCCUAAAUCCCUUUCCUCAUAUGUUGAGGUUAGGACUCUAUCAAAUAUUCUGUACUCUGCCCUUGGGUUUUUACGUCCAAGAUGCAUUAUCUUGCACUUAUCCACAUUAAAUGUCAGUUGCCACAAUUCUGACCAUUUUUCUAGUUUACCUAAAUCAUUUGUCAUUUGGCUUAUCCCUCCUGGAACAUCAACCCUGUUACAUAUCUUAGUAUCAUCAGCAAAAGACAUACCUUACCAUCAAGACCUUCUGCAAUAUCACUAAUAAAAAUAUUAAAGAGAAUGGGUCCAAGUACAGAUCCCUGAGGUACCCCAUUGGUGACAAGUCCAAGCUUCAAAUAUAUUCCAUUAACUACAACCCUCUGUUGCCUGUCACUAAGCCACUGCCUUACCCAUUCAACAAUAUUGGAAUCCAAACUUAAAGAUUGCAGUUUAUUGAUAAGCCUUCUAUGUGCAACAGUGUCAAAAGCCUUACUGAAAUCUAGGUAAGCAAUGUCUACUGCACCACCUUGAUCUAUAAUUUUAGUUACCCAAUCAAAAAAAUCAAUAAGAUUAGUUUGGUAUGAUCUCCCUGAAGUAAACCCAUGUUGUCUCUGAUCUUGAAAUCCAUGUGUUUUAGAUGUUCAUCAAUCCUAUCCUUUAACAUGGUUUCCAUCACUUUCCCCACUACUGAAGUAAGGCUUACUGGCCUAUAGUUGCCCGACUCCUCCCUAUUACCUUUCUUGUAAAUGGGCACAACAUUCGCUAACUUCCAAUCUUCUGGGACUACUCCUGUUAACAAUGAUUGGUUAAAUAAAUCUGUUAAUGGUUUUGCUAGUACACCACUAAGCUCUUUUAAUAGCUUUGGGUGUACUCCAUCAGGUCCCAUUGACUUAUUUGUCUUUACUUUUGACAGUUGAAAUAGAACCUCUUCCUCUGUAAACUCACGUGUAAUAAAUGACUCAUUUAUCCUUUUUCUCAACUGAGGUCCCUUUCCUUCAUUUUCUUCUGUAAAUACAGAACAAAAAUAUUCAUUGAGGCAGUCAGCCUGACCUUUAUCCUCUUCUACAUACCUUCCUUCUUUUGUUUUUAAUCUAACUAAUCCUUGUUUUAGUUUUCUUUUCUCAUUUAUGUAUCUAAAAAAUGUUUUAUCCCCCUUUUUUACUGACUGUGCUAUUUUCUCUUCUGUGUGUGAUUUGGAAGCUCUUAUAACUUGCUUAGCCUCUUUCUGCCUAAUCUUAUAGAUCAUUUUGUCUUCCUCACUCUGGUUUUUUUAUAAUUCCUAAAUGCUAACUUUUUGUUUUUAACUAUUUUGGCCACAUCUGCGGAGUACCACAGUGGUUUCUUGAAUUUUUUGCUUUUACUGACAAGCCUAAUGCAAUUUUCUGUUGCCUUCAAUAGUGCAACUUUUAAAUAAUCCCAUUUCUCUUGGACUCCAUUUAAAUUGCUCCAGUCUGACAAUGACUCCUCUACCCAUAUUCUAAUUUUAGAAAAGUCUGAUUUUCUAAAGUCUAAAACUUUUGUUUUUGUGUGGUGUGACUCAGUCACUGUUCUUAUAUUAAACCACACUGACUGAUGAUCACUGGAUCCUAAACUUUCACCUACAGUAACAUCUGAUACUAAAUCUCCAUUUGUACUGCCACCAUAUUAAGGAAAAAGGAAUUUACGGUGAGUAAAAUUGCAGUUUUAUUUCUGAUAUAUGGUGGCAAUACAAUAUGGAUAUAUCGAGAUGCCAGAGCUAUGGGCGGGAAUUAAGCAACCACCGCUUGUAACACCUUAUGCACAAAUGGAGCGUCAGAGGCAGAGAAUACGUCUAGUCUGUAAUGCUUGAUGAAGGUGUUGAAUGAAGACCAUGUAGCGGCUAUGCAGAUAUCUUCAGGUGAAGCAUGUGCUCUUUUGGCCCAGGAAGCAGCCAUUGCUCUAGUAGAAUGAGCUUUCAAGGAGGCAGGUGGAGGCAGAUUUGAGAAAGAAUAAGCCAAUUUAAUUGUGUCCACGAGCCAUUUUGCUAAAGUAGAUUUGGGGGCAAAAAGAUGGUCAGUCUUCCUGUAUUUAGAGGAGCGGACUAAAUAGAUCUUCAGAGAUCUUCCGACAUCCAACGUGCCAAUUAUCAUCCAAAUUGGAGACAGAUGGAUAACCAAAGGAAGGCAGGGAAAUAGGUUGAUUGAUAGCCUUGGAAGACUUGACUUUAGUUAGAAUCAAAGGUUUCGGACACAGAACAACUUUUUCUGGAAGAAUUUUUGUAAAUUCAGCAGAUGAUUAAAAAGCCUGAAUUUCACCUAUCCUCUUUGCAGAAGUUAUGGCCACCAAAAAAGCUGUUUUUAGAGACCAGAGCUUUAAAGAUGUUUCCUCCAAAGGUUCGAAAGGAUGGGUACAAAGAGCCUUCAAAACCAAAGACAGAUCCCAAGAGGAGAAAAAACUCUCUUCUUGGGGACUUAAUCAGCCUGACGGCCUUAAAAAAUCUCCUAAUCAGAGGAUUCAAAGCUAAGUUCUUUACCAAAAAAGGCUGAGAGCAGAAACUUGAACUUUGAGGGUAGAUAAAUUAAGACCCCCUUUAAGGCAAAAAAUGCAAGAUUGUAUCAGUAGAAGGAGAAUCUUGCAGGCAAUGAUAUGCACCAAUGAAGGAAUUUCGUCAAAAUUUUUAAAUCGAUAGCAGAGGUAGAUCUUCUGGUGGAAUUCAGCAGAAUCUUGAUGCAGAUGAGAUUUCCCUAGGUUUAUCACACAACCAUGUGCUUUCAUGAUAUUUUUUGUCUUAGUAUGGAACAACCUUGUACGCUUAAGGUUGCGAUAGGCAUGAGAACCUUUGUAAAAAUCCUGGGAGCUCAGGCAAGACAGAAUAAAAGGGCUUUGAAUUGAAAGUGACGAACCUUGUGACCCUUUCUUAUGGCAAAUAGCAGAUACUUUCUUGAGCCAGCGUCCAUAGGAAUGUGAAGGUAGGAAUCUUUCAAAUCUAAACUUGCAAUAAAAUCUCACUUUUGGAGGAUAUGAGUGACUGAUGCGAUGGUUUCCAUUCUGAAAUGCUGGUAAGGAAUAUUGUUUAAUUAUUUUAGAUCCAAAAUGGGACGACAGGACAAAUCUGGUUUUGGGACCAGGAACAACUGAGAGUAUACACCCUGAUACAACCGGGUUCUUGGAACUCUUUCUACAAGACCUUUCUUUAAAAGAGUAACCGUAGCGGAGAAUAGAGCUUGUGGUUUUUUUUUUGUUGUUUUUUUUUUUUAGUUUUGAAUGGUAGGAGGGAACAAGGAAACUUGGUCUUGGUAUAUCUAAGAACUUUAUUUUGUAUCCUCUUGCAACUAGAUUCAGAAUCCAUGGAUUUGUAGUGGUGUCUCUCCAUCUGUGAGCAAAUUGUUGUAUCCGUCCACCUAUUCUCAGAAUCUUUUUGCUCUGUCAGUCUUGAAGUCUUUAUUUGCUUUUAACUUAGGAUCUUUCCUUUUGUUGACAAAAAACCUGUUUUCUUGAUACCCCCUGCGGUUCUUGUAUUGGAAGUUAUUGUAUCUGGGCUUCCAGACAUACUUCCUGUCCUGAGGGAGAGCAUUUUUGGCAACCGACAUUUGUCAGAUUAAUUCUUCCAAAGGAGAAUCAAAUAAUGUCUUCCUCUCCAAGGGCAGUUCACAAAGUGCACACUUUGAGGCCGCAUCAGCCGUCCAUGCUUUAAACCAAAGUACCCUGCGAGCUACAGAUGUCAGGCCCAUGAAACGAACAGAAAGUUUAAUCACCUCUGGGAUAACAUCUAGCAGAUAUUCAUUAGAUAACUUUAAAUUGUGGAACAGGCGAGAGAGAGAUCUGUCUCCUGGUUAUCUACAGGCUAUCUUCCAAUCCAUGAAUCCAGUAAUACUGAGAUUUAGCCACGGAGGCUCCUGCCAAUGCUGCUUUAGCCUGAAAUCCUGAUGCUUGAUUAUGCUCGUCUACCGGAGGUUUUUAGCCCUUUUAUCCAUAGGGUCUUUAAGUCCAGAGACUUCUCCAAUCGGUAUAGUAGUCUUUUUAGACAACAGAGCAAAUGGUACGUCAAAGACUGUCAAGUCUUCUCACUUGUCUUCUCCUUGCAGCUUUAUGAUCUUGAAAUGCCUUGAAAUAAACGCCAUUUUUUUUUUAGGGUUUUCCACUCUCUGAACAUAAGUUCCAGAAUCUGCUAUGAUACAGGAAAGGCUUUCUUACUCCCUUUAUCUGAUGUUUUUUUCACAUGGUAAGGGGUGAAUUUAGUAAGGGGAAAUGGUGGAUGGUUUGAGCAUUUGGUUAGUAAAAAAAAAAAAAAAAAAAUGUCCUGUCAGAUGAAGAGAUGAGUGAAGGAACGGAUUGUAGGGGGAACCGAUGGUGUCAGGUUUGGGGAAUGUGAUGUGGGGUAAAGGGAAGGUUACAAUUGAGGGAAUGGCUGUGUAAAGGAAGGGAUUGGGGGUUAAUGACUGCAAGGAGAAGAAGGAAUGAGGGGAGGGGAAAUGAAAGAAAGGUAAAGCAGAGAAGAGGGGUGACUACAAGGUGUGACUUGUUAAAUAAUCUUGCCUUGAAACAUUUCCUUUUUAUUAUUCCAUACAUUUCCACUUGUGUGAGCAUUGAUUAGAAUAAAGUUAAAGCUACUUGCUUUAAAUUGAAAGCAGUUGGGUUGUAAUAGAGAAACUAUAAACGCCUAGGAUAAUCUACACCCUGUACCUUGUACCUGGCAGUAUAAUAACACCGUGGUUGAUGAUCCCAUUGAACUUAAAAUACUCCUGUAUCUUCUGCACUUCCUUAUCAAGCUGCUCUAAGUUCGACAUUUUCUGCUUAUUCAGUAGCUGCUGACAGGGACACUGAAAUCUUACUUGCACAGCAGUGUUUUUUUUUGGUUUUUUUUAUACUGAACUUGGCUCCCUGUGACAGCUUGUUAAAGAAACCCUAUAAUCAAAAUAUAAAAACAAAGACAGGUCCCCUAGCCUUCUACCUUGCCUUUAUAUAAAAUUUCAGUGAUUAUAAUAUAAACUUACCACCGUUCCAGCGCCAAGAUCCUCGGCAGGCCGCGUCCCCUUUUUCAUCAAAAUGACGAAAUAGCAGGGCUCAAUCAGAUGCUUCUCUUGGAGAAGCAUCAUAGCGAGCUGAUGCGCAUGCAUGGCUUCGCACUGCACCAAUCACGUUCUUUAUAGAGCGGCAUUCAAUGCUGCCCUAUGAAUGAACACUGAGCACUGUACCGCGCGUUCACGAGCUGAGCUGACUCUCAGCUCGCUGUCUAUGCCCAACCCCCUUCCUAAGCACAAGGUUUGUGUGUAUACAAAUGCUAUAUAGAGUGUUUGUAUAAAAACACACAAGUUUUAAAAAACUUACACACACACUAUCCAUCUCUCUCUAUGCUUCCAUCUCUAUGGAGAGGGAUGGAUGGAUGGAUGGAUGGAUAGAGAGGUCUGGAGGGAGGGGUGGAUGGAUGGGGAUCUCAAUCUCACACACAUUCACUCACUCUUUCACCAACACUCAAUCAAUCUCACUCACACUCUCUCACCCACACUCACACUCACUCUUUCUCAAUCUCACACUCUCACUCACUGUCUCACACUCACUCUUUCUCAAUCUCACACUCUCACUCACUUUCUCACACUCUCUCUCUCAAUCUCACCCACCCUCACUCACUCACACUCACUCUCUCAAUCUCACACUCUCUCGCUCAAUCUCACACACUCUCGCUCAAUCUCACACACUCUCGCUCAAUCUCACACACUCUCGCUCAAUCUCACACACUCUCGCUCAAUCUCACACACACUCUCUCUCUCUCUCUCGUUCUUUCCUUUUCCUUUUCCCUUUCCCCCUCCCCUUUCCCCUUUCCCCUUUCCCCUUUCCCCUUUCCCCCUUUCCCCCCUUUCCCCUUUCCCCCUUUUCCCCUUUCCCCCUCCGGGUUACUACAGGACACAGCAGGCACAUUCACAGUGCCUCCUGUGUCCUGAUAGCCACUGGAGGUGUUCCUAACUUCCAAGGUAAACACUAUAUAUUUUCUCCGAAAAUCCAGUGUUUACAUGAGAGAGGCUGCAGGGAGCUAUUGUACUCACCUGAACAACCCCAUUAAGCUGAAGUUGUUCAGGUGACUAUAGUAUCCCUUUUAAUUACUAUACCAGGAUGACAAUAAAAACUUGCAGUAAUCAAACUAAUGUGAUACAGUCCCCGACUGAACAGUAGCUCAACGGAAUGUAAAUGUAGAGUUUUUGAUGUAUUAGGUUAAAACUGGUGUUGUGGCGUGGCUAGGAGUUAUGGGGAACUUAAGAUUUACAGUAAAGUGCAUUUCUGAUAUUCAGCCAUUUUGUACCUCAAUCAUUGGAUUUUGAUAUCGUAUGGUCAGAAUUACAUGCAAUGUAUUACUGCUUAAUUUCAAUUAAAUUCUUCUUUUUUUUUUUUUUUUUUUAAGAAGGAGGAGGGAACUUAUAUAUUUGACCACCUGGUAAAUAUUAGAGGUUACUGUUAUGGUAUAUGUAAGGGUAGCAACUAUCACAUGUCAGACUAUUAAUACCUGCAACGUAAUAUCUGUAUGAUCCUCCGGUGUUUUAAGAACAGGUAUUUGUAACACCUUUCACUUUCUCAUCAGGGGGCAGGAAAUUAUUGUGGAUAUCUCAUCUGAGACCUCUCCAAAAUCCUCAGCUCUUCAAUGGCUCAAACCUGAGCAGACUGCGGGCAAGGUUCACCCUUAUCUCUUCAGUCAGUGUCAGGUAACAAGAUUCUAUUGUAUUAUCUUUUUUUUACUUUAAGGCGUCUGAUAAGGAACUUCAUGGCUGUUGCCAAACAAAACUAUUCAAUGUGUGCUGGGUUAUUUUCAACUGAUGCAGGGCUCAAGAUCGAACUCUCCCUAAAAAAGCAUCAUCGCUCUUCCCCUGUCACAUCCACUCCCAUGCAGUGCAGCUUUCUCAUUUUCUAUCCCUGGGACUGCAGUAUGGAACCAGGCAGCCGUGAUUCUUCCACCGGGGCCAGGUGCUAACCAUCUGGAUGUCCAAGUUGGUUAAAGGACCACUAUAAUGCCACGAAAACAAACUCGUUUUCCUGGCACUAUAGUGCCCUGAGGGUGCCCCCACCGGGCUGAAGGGGACUCUCCUCCUCAUUCGGUCGUCAUCGGCUGAAUGCGCAUGCGCGGCAGGAGCUGCGCGCGCAUUCAGCCAGUCCAUAGGAAAGCAUUCUCAAUGCUUUCCUAUGGACGCUGGCGUCUUCUCACUGUGAAAAUCACAGUGAGAAGCGCGGAAGCCCCUCUAGCGGCUGGAGACAGCCACUAGAGGCUGGAUUAACCCAUAUGUAAACAUAGCAGUUUCUCUGAAACUAUGUUUACAGGAGGCAGGGUUAAUCCUAGAUGGACCUGACACCCAGACCACUUAAUUGAGCUGAAGUUGUCUGUGUGUCUAUAGUGGUCCUUUAAACAUGAGGCAGUUGCCUGGUGCAACUUAAGCUCAUUAAUGCUCAGUUACCCAGCACCCUAAGAAAGCUCUACUUGGAGGGGGGAUUUGGGAAUGUGAAGAACCAUAGAUGCACACCGAAAGCCAGGGACUUGCUUGUGGGGAGUAGCCCUGUCCAGGGAAGUAUAAUUUGUUGAUUUAUUAUUGGAGAAACUUAUGUUUUACAGUUAUUAUUGUUAGGUGUUGUCUGGAAGUUAAUAAAAUCAGUCACAGUUAAUUACGUUAUCCGGACAAAGCAGCACCAAUUCUUUAAGCUAUCUAUUGUCCCUGUUGAUGACUUCCUAUUAUGAUUGCUCCUAUAAGUGUGUGUUUUACCCUUCACCAAUGUCAUCUGGGGAAAGGACUAUAUUCACUUCAGCGCUGUCUUCUCCAAGGAGAGGGAACAUUUGACGGAAGUACUCAUCCGGUACUGGAUCUCCGUCACAAGAUGAAUAUAUACAUAUUAUUUAUUUGUUUUUCUUAAAUUCUCUGUUUAUUGAAAUUACAGAAUCAUACAAAUGGUAUAAUUUAGAACAUAAGUAGGGCUGAAACCUAGCCUGAGAGAAGAUAGAGUCCACAAUUUACAGUGAUUAUGGAUCUUUCACAGAAAUAAGUGACAUUGCAAAAUAGCCAGAUGAAAUUGGUCACUGAUAUUUUAAAGUACUGAAUGAUAAGACUGGGUGUUGUGCUUACGUUCAUACAUUCAGGCCUAAGUAAAGCGUUGAUCCCACGUUGGAUAGUGAACGUCCCAUCUCUACAGGUUGCCUUUCUACCCAGUCUGUAUUGUUCAAUUGUUGUAUUGGUGCAGGAUCUCUGAUUUUGACAACUUGCUACUUUGGCCUAAAAUUAGCAAUUUGCAUUGAAUCACUUUAGUGAAUAAUCCUGUAAGACUUGGUGCUUUUUCAUGUACAUACCUCGAUAUAUGAAUAUCUGAUGAAUAAAUUGUCAAAUUGCAUUCUGUACAGAACUUGGGUUAUGUUUGUGUUGUGUCUCCUAUAUUUAUAGGCUACACAUUGCCGGACAAUUAUUCCUUGUCAGGAUACCCCAUCUGUGAAAUUUACUUACUACAGCAAGGUUAGUGACUCACAUAAAAUGUCAAAGCACGUGUAAAGGGUUCAGACUUCUUACUAGCUAGAUGUGAAAAACACAAGGCACUCGGAGCAACAUACAGCACACACUGGACUUGGCUAUACUGUGGCAUCUUCCCUCUAGUGGCAGCUGGAUGUCCGUGAAUUCUAAUCUCUUGCACUUUCUGGUGACUUUUUGUGUGUGUGUGUAUAUAUGUGUGUGUGUGUGUGUGUGUGUGUGUGUGUGUGUGUGUGUAUAUAUGUAUGUAUGUAUGUAUAUAUGUGUGUGUGUGUGUGUGUGUAUAUCUCUAUUCAUGCAAAUAAAAUUACAGGAAAGGCCAUUGUACUGCAUUAACUUUCACAUAAUAGUGUAUAUGUUGUGUGUGUGUGUGUGUGUGUGUGUGUGUGUGUGCACAUGCAGAGGUAAGAAGCUGAAUUGCAUGAUAAUAUUUAAUAGAUCAGUUUUCUAAUCAACAGUGACAUAGCAAAGUUACUUAAAUUCUUCUGGGGGUGGUAAAUUAUACUAAUCUGCCUCUGUUAGAAAUGAAUAACAAUGUGUGUGGUUUAUGUUUUGUGUUUAUUUAUGUGAUGCAGAUAUGUUAAUGCUCUCAUUCUGUAUCUCUCUCUAGGUCUCUGUUCCCAAAGAGUUAGUGGCUCUUAUGAGCGCUCUCCGUGAUGGUGAAUUGCCUGAUCCAGAUGAUUGCAACAGGAAGAUCUACUAUUUCAAGCAAAAUGUAAGAUCAAUAAGUAAUCCUAUCUGUCACCUAGAAGCAUGAACAUUUAUUACAACUAGAUGAAUGUACUAUCCAACAGUGUGGAACUUUAUAUCUGAUCUGCAGACAAGUUUCUAACUAAAUGGUAGCAGAGAAUCAUGAGACCUCUAUUCCACAAACUCCAACUGCCUGUACGUUCGUCUGGUCAUGUAAAGUCUAACUCCAUAGAAAGUGUGUAUCCGACACACCUGGAGAUUUUAUGAUUCAUAGUUUUGUCCCAUGGGUAGUCACUGUUUGGCAUGUCUGAAAAGUAAUUUAGUUACACUCCUGUGUUAUGUAUGAAAAGUAAUGACUAUUGCUAAAGAACAGGCAUUUUAUAUACAUUAUGCAGAGCUAUGUCCACAUUAAUAGUAUAUAUCUAAAAUGUAUUUAUUAUUGAGGCUUAGCACAUAGUGGUUUUAUUUGGGAAUAUAAUAGAAAUGCUUGCCAAAAGAAGCUAUUAAAAUGAUCCUACAGAUAUCUAGCCCACUUUAGCUCAUUGAAGUGGUCUGGGUUCACUGUCCCUGUCCCCCUUAGUCCUGCAAUGUAAAUCAUUGCAGCUUUAGAGAAAAUGCAAUGAUUACCUUGCAGGACUAAGACUGCCUCUUAAUCAGACCGCCAGUAGAGGCACUUCCUGGAUCCAAACUGACUUUUGUUCACCUAAUUGACAUUCCACAUCAGUAAAAUCCCCAUAGGAAAGCAUUGAAGCAAAGCUUUCCUAAGUGGAGGGCCUAAUGCACUUGACAACUUUGUAUUCCUUACACAAUGGAAUCCAUUUAAGCCUUACUAAGGGCAAUCUGCAUAUUCAACUCCUUUAAGAGUUCUGGGUUCACUGUCCCUGCCCCCCUUAGUCCUGCAAUUUAAAUUGUGAUUUUUGAGAUCUGCAAUGUUUACCUUACAUUGCAGUACUAAGACUGCCUCAAGUGGCUAUCUACCAGACAGCCACUAGAGGCGCUUCCGAAAGUUUACUUGACUGGGUCGCCUAACUGAUGCUGGAUGUCCUUGCUGUCUGCUUGACGACAUCCAGUAUCAGUAAAAUCUCCAUGAGAAAGUAUUGAUUCAAGGUUUUUUUUUUUUUUUGUUUUUUUUUUUAACCCUUUUCUGUUCUGCAAGUGGGGUAAUGAUAGAAAGGGGGGACCCGAAGGCACUUUAGGGUUAGGAAUACAACUUUGUAUUCCUUACACAAGAGAAUGCUAGUUUUAGAAAGAUAAAACCUAUGAGUGCGGACUAUCUGUGGUAUUUUGUUUAAGUAAAGUACUGCUGAUUACUAGCAUCGAGCAAGUGUAUUCUGUAUAUUAUAUAAUUACUUUUAUUAAUUUUUUAUUCCCUCAUGUAAUGUUCUUUAGGUCCCAAUACCAAGCUAUCUGAUUGCACUUGUUGUUGGAGCUUUGGAGGGCAGGUGAGUGAUGGAUAUUUCUUUGAAAUAUAUAAAUAUAUAAAUCCUAAAAUAAAGAUAUAUUUUUCCAGUACAUGUGUCACAGUGGAUAGACCACAUCUGUGAUUUGCAUAGAGCCAUAAACUGAGAUCUCUGCUUCUAAAUGUACAUGUUGCCCAUAAUUUUAAAAUGUAUUUUUUUUUUUAAUGUCUUUUAUUUGCUUUACUAAUGCACUACUUUUCCAGUAAAUAGCCAUGUGCAUACAAGCGAUGCUUAGAAUGUUAAAUCCUUAUUCUUAUGUUGUGCGAUAUCGGGUGCUGUGAUAAAUGGUCCAGCUAAGUUGUAGAGGCAAGUCUUUCAGAAAAUUGAAGUGCAAUCGUUUUUCUGUGGUUAAUGUCACGCUAGUAUUAAGACCUUGUGUAGUAGUUCACAACAAGUGUGUAAUGCCAAUUUGUCUUUUUAAAUUGAUGUAUUCAUUCAUUUGUUUGCUGCAUAUAGAAACCAAAUAAUCUCUACAUCAGUUUUGUGUAACAGAAGACAGUGUAGUGUAUAGAAGGCCUCUUCUGUCAUGAAUGUCCUGCUAGUUUAGUAACUGAAGGACUGUUUUAAAGCUUAUGUUGCCUAUAAUUUGAACAUUAUAUGGUGUCAUAAGGUCUAUGUGGACCACAUUCUUAAAGAAUAUCACUGAUCCAUGAUAACACAAAUGACUACAAGUUGUCACCCUCUUUCCCAAGACUUGGAACACCCAAGGAGCCGGCUCACCACCAUUCACUGUGCUAUAGUAUUACUAACUAAGAUUCAGUCAAGUGAGCGUAUAUUAAGUGAAGCUUAUUAUGUGUGAAAAGCUGACCGUGUGGAUGAUGCUAUUUUUUUUUUCUUUCUCCCGCAACAGGAAGAUUGGUCCUAGAACAACCGUGUGGACUGAGAAAGAGCUUUUGGAAGCUUCUGUAUAUGAAUUUGCUGAGGUUGGUUCUGCAUAUUACAUCUUGUGAAAGGAAAUGUAAAUGUUUAUCAUUUGUACUCUACUGAUCAUCUCCCAGCCAAAAGGCUUCACUGGGACACAGGUUUCCAUUAUUCUGUCCCUCCAAAAAUACUAAACAAUAUUAACUUCAUAUUUUGUUUAAGAUAUUUACUAAUUGCAGUUAAAAUACAAUUAAGAGAAACUUAACUGAACUGGCUCUCCGCUAGCAAAGAAAAAAACCAAUACAGUGUUAUUGCUACAUUUGGGGAGAAAAAAAACAGAUCCCAUAUAGUACAUGGGGGGGAAAGUUCAACCUAUUCAUUGUCCAAUUCAUAGAUCUCUGUUCCAAAGGACGAUGGAGAUUUCUCAAGGUAGAGUGUAGUACAGCCGUAGACCAACAUGAUAAUUGAUCGUAGCACAAUGUGCGAUCAUGGUCUUGAUUUUUGCAUAAGGUACAGUUGCCAUACAGACCCUGAUGAGAAGUUAUGCCAGGUAACUGCUGCUGUUUUCUGCCAUAACUUUUUUGACCAAGGACUGUGCUGUGCGAAGCCUGUGUGGAAGGUAAAAUAACAUGAGGUGUAUUCGCUCUGUCGCAUAUCUUUAUGUGAAGAGUGAGAAAGAAGCAUUUGUGUGAAUUCCAAUAGUGCAUCCUCAUGCCGAGAUAGCUUAAGGCUGCCAUGGAGAUCCGCAAUAUGCAGAGUAUAUGAUCAAGUCAAGAUGCUUCAAUGAUGGUAAGAGGUUAACCCCAGUAGUUGAGUUUAAAAUUUAAGGACAAAAUAGCCAAACUAGAAAAAUCCUCUGAGUCUGCUAUGCUUUCAGUUGGGCUGAUGAUUUGCUUGAAUGAUUUGAAAAAGCAACUUAUUUAUUCGUCAUAAUAUAAAGUAUGUAACUCCCACAAACUUUGCUCCUAUGCAGUUGUUGUGUCCAUACCAUUUCGUCGACAAAUGUUAUCAUACAGAAAUCAGUAGGCCAUCCCAAAAGGUGCGCCUGCUUGCAAAAUCUCUUCAAUAAAUGGUUAACUUUUCACUUACGACACAUUUUCUCUCUACACAGACAGAAAAAAUGUUAAAGUACGCAGAAGGCUUGGCUGGUCCUUACGUCUGGGAACAAUAUGAUCUGCUUGUUUUGCCUCCUUCGUUUCCCUAUGGCGGAAUGGAGAACCCUUGUCUUACUUUCGUUACCCCAACUGUUCUGGUAAUUGGAUAAAUAAUAACAUUUUGCUGCCAACAUUUUAUAAAUUUGGAAUGUAAUUGUUGAAAGUUCACAGGUAUAAUUGCACACUCCAUUGGUUGACAUAUAUCAUUUUUUUUUAAAUGUAUUUAUAAAAUAUAAAUACUUCAGUGUUGUACUGAUUGAAAUUCAGCUCUGCCCCUACAGUCUGACAAAUGUAAAUGUUGCCGUUUGCCAAUCAAACUAGAGGCCUUCGUGUUAAGCAUCGCUAGACAGUGUUCAAUCUUAGGCAAAACCUUUUGGAAUAUAUGUUUACAGUAGUUCUGGUGCCAAGAAUGGGGAAUCGAUGCCAAAAAAAUACUCCUGGAAGAAAUAAGAACUAAUCGGGUUAAAAAAAAAAGUACCUAUGACAAAGCUGCUUUAAUCGAAUUACUGACUGCGUAAGUUCUGUAACGUAAAGAAUGACAUUAAUGCGAAUUGUUAUGCAAGCUUUUAAUUUAAUUAUUUUUUCUUUCUUAUUUUCCACCAAUGCAGGCUGGUGAUCGCUCUCUAGCAAGCGUAUGUAUUAAUCUUUCUAAACUUCUUCUGUUAAUACUUUUUAAUCCACUAUUAUUCUAACCGUGUUUGUAUAUAUGUAUAUUAUAAAUUACAAUCUCCAAGCCGAAAAACAAAGCAUAAACCUGCUACUUCUCUCUCGUAACAAAACGGCUAUCACUUUAUUUACAGUACUCACACACACAUAAUAAUUCUACUCGUGUUUUUUUUAAAAAUUCUGUAAAAGAACUGAUAAAAUAUAGCUUCAAGCUAAUCAAACGUGCGUGAUAACAACAAUCCCAAUUCCUCUUUACUAGUUAGUACUGGACCUGUGUCCAGCAUUGUAAAGCACAUAAAAAGUGGUGUCCUUCUAUCCUGCGAGAUGUACAGCCUGCUUCUAUUCGUCCUUUCUCUCCACUAGUUAUGCUGCCAUCCAGUACCUCCUACAUUUUGUUCUUAAUCAAAAAAAGGGCACACAUGUUAAACCACUAAAACGGACCGCGUUUAUUCCACUUUAAAUGUGCCUGUAAGAUAAAUUCUUUAAGUAAAACACUACUUGCUUGGUCUCCCAGAACACUGCAUUAUACUUGUACAUCACCCAAACUACCACAUUAAUCAGACUGAAUUUGAGGAAGGCUAUUUGCUCUGUAAGCUGCAGUGCAAAUUGUGAGGCUUCAGUAUACUGCCAGUUGCAGGGGUAAAAAAAUAAAAUAAAAGGACGUUUGGACUAGAAUGUAGAAAAAGCACAUUAAAAUGAAGGAAUUAUACUUUUAGGUUAUUAUAUAUAUAUUUUUUUCCUUCUUCUUGCCAUCAUUGACUUCGUGUUAAGACCAAAGUAGUGUUAGGUCCUGCUGCAUGAGCAAAGAAAUCAUAACUACAAAAACAAGUUAAAUACCUGUUCAAAACUUAUGGAUGUAGGCUUUAUUUAACCUUCAAAUCCUAAAAAUAAUUUCCUUUGGAUUUGACAAACAACCUCUUUAAAAAUGAAUCUUAAUAUAUUUGUUGUUGUAAACCCUGUUAUGCUUUUUCAGGGAACCCCUAGAAUAUACUAAACUUUAUUUCCCCCCACUAUUUUAAAGGUGAUUGCCCAUGAAAUUUCACACAGCUGGACUGGAAACUUGGUGACAAACAGAACAUGGGAACACUUUUGGUACGUCUAAUACUUGGAAGAGGUCGCAAUUCCAGAUCUUGCAAGACAGACACUACAUGCCGGGUUCAAAGUUUCCACUUGUCCCUUGCCAUUGGCGAGUGAAAAUUGACAAUAUCAGCCAAUCCUAUGGGAAAGCAUUGGGAGGCAAAUGCGCACGCAUGCCAAAAAUGCCUUAGUAAUGGCCACUGGAGGUGUCUCUAGGCACUAAUGUAAACAGUGCAUUUUUUUGUGAAAGCCUGCAUGGACAGACUAUACUCACAAGAACAACUACAGUAAUCUGUAGUUGUUCUGAUGACUAUAGUGUCCCUUUAAAGGACCACUAUAGGCACCCAGACCACUUCAGCUCAAUUAAGUGGUCUGGGUGCCAGGUCCAUCUAGGAUUAACCCUGCCUGCUGUAAACAUAGCCUUUUCAGAGAAACUAUGUUUACAAAUGGGUUAAUCCAGUCUCUAGUGGCUGUUUCACUGACAGCCGCUAGAGGCGCUUCUUACAAUGAUUUUCACAAUGAGAAGACUCCAGCGUCCAUAGGAAAGCAUUGAGAAUGCGCAUUCAGCCGAUGACGACCGAAGGAGGAGGAGAGUCCCCAGUGCUGAGGGAGUCUGGCGCUGGAGAAAGGUGAGUGUUUAACCCCUUCCUCCCUCUUCAGCCCGGCGGGAGUGGGACCCUGAAGGUGGGGGCACAAGUUUGUUUUCCUGGCACUAUAGUGGUCCUUUAAGUUUGUUCUACUCUUGUUCUCCUUGCUUCCUGUAUGGCCGUGAAAGGGUUGUCUUUUAAUAUCUAUAUUUUGUCGUUUUGUUUUACUUAAUGAUUUCAUAAAACAAGCCUAACAUUGACUGUUUGAUUUUAAUCCAGCUGAAAUGUAUGUCUGUAAUCCUGUCACUUCAGAAGAUUGUAUAGUACUGAAUGAGGAGUACAACCAACUAAGAUCAAAAGCGCCAAAACGUUGGGGGCAAAUCUGUGACUUUUUCACCCUCUUCUCAUUCACUUUCAUAGGUUCAAUUGGUUCUGGUAUGUAUUAUUUGGUGAACAUUUGUAUACAGGUAUCAAUUCUCUUCUGUAUCCGGAUUAGUACCAGGAAUGCUUAUUUUUAUUUUCUGAUUGGGUCGGAGCCUUCAUAUUGACUGUAAAUUUCAGUAUAAAUGUAAUCAUAAAUAUACAGUCAAUAUGAAGGCUCCGACCCAAUCAGAAAAUAAAAAUAAGCAAAAGUAACAGUUAUCACCAAAUAUCUAUCUGUAAAUUUCAGUAUAAAUGUAAUCAUAAAUAUACAGAUAGAUAUUUGGUGAUAACUGUUACUUUUGUACCUGUAUAAUCAAGUGCUUUUUAUCUUAGUUGGUUGUGCUCCUCAUUCAGUACUAUAUUAUAAUGGAUCAUUAGCCUUUGGAAAUAGGGCUUUCUGAAUGAGCUCCCUUAUCUUUGUAUUUACAUUGAUUGCUUAUAUCUAUUGCACAUGGCUGGGAGCUGGGUGUGCCCACCAUUUUUUGUUAAUACUUCAGAAGAUUGUACCAUUAAUUGUUUCCCUCCUAGGUUAAACGAGGGACACACGGUGUACUUGGAACGCAGGAUUGAUGGUCUUCUUUAUGGUGAAAAUUUCCGUCAGUUCCGAGGUUUGGGAGGAUGGAAAGAAUUGCAAAAUUCAGUAAGUGUCUAUGCUGCUUUCUAUUUUGGGGGCAGUUGGGGGCCGACAUUGAUCUGUUUUGUUCUGUCUGCUUCCUUUUGCAAAUAUGUAGCGCAGGGGUUACACAUUCCACAGGUUAAUAAACCUUUCACUUGAAUGACCUGCUAAAAUGAUUAUAUGCAACGAAAGGUGAAUCACUGCCUUAGACUGGGUAAUGUUUAUAAAAAUAAACUUAACUCUUUAGCGGAUAACUUCCAGUUGUGUGUGUUUGUUUUGUUUUUUUCCUUAUAUAAUUGCAAAGGUUAGUAUGCUAUACUAUAUUUUGAUUUAAUACGCAAUGUUGAUUUAAAGUGACUGUAUGCCUCAUAACCACUACAGCUCUGUGUAGUGGCUAUUGCGACUUUUUUAUUAUAAUAAUAAUAAUACGGUUUUUGAAGCAGUUUGACAAAGACGGGCACCAAUUUAUCCUCAACCACAUUGAUAACGUGUAAUUAACACUUCUGCAUUAUGAAUGUUUCAACCCAAACUGGAUAGCCAUGCUAACCCAGAAGUGACUGUAGGUUUAUGAAGUGAGUGUAGGUCAUGCAGUUGUAUGCCUAGGAUUGUUCUGAUAUAGUAGUAUGUCUCUAAUGCUGGAUGUCCUUUUCAUGUUGGUAAAAGAAUGCUGGAGUAGAAUGUUGAUCUUAUAUUUGGUUAUAACUGUUUGACUCUUGUCACCUUACACGUUGGACUAAGACUGGACUGCUUUAAUGUUUAUCUAGGUUAACACAUUUGGUGCCAGCAAUGUUCUCACCAAUCUGGUUCCCAAUCUACAUGAGGUGGAUGUUGAUGAAGCAUUUUCUUCUGUUCCUUACGAGAAAGGGUUUGCUCUCCUGUUUUACCUAGAGCAGCUUCUUGGAGGGCCAGGUAGGCCUCAUUUAUGUACAACCCAAAUGCCUUUUUAUAUCAGAUUUGAGAGGUUUUUUUUAUGGCUUUCUCCAUAUAGCAGAUGGGUAACCCAUGACUUUCCUGGUGUUGUGCUGCCAUUGUAAUGUCUUAUAUAAUGAAGCAACUACUUACAGGAGAUCAGUUCAGCUUGGCUUAGAUUUGCCACACCAUCAAAAGUGCAGCAAUAUUUCAAUCAACAUUGUAAAUACUGCACCGUGUUUAUAGAUCACAUAACAUGUGCUGAAUUGAUUUGACAAGCUUAAACCUUUUUUUCCUUUUUGGAUAGACUUGUGCACAAAUCCCAUUCAACAGGCGCUGAGCAAAUCAAAUGCCUGUUAACCACUGGACAAACAAGUAGAGCGAUUAACAGGCAUUUGAUUCAUUCUGCACAGCUGCAUAUUAUUUGUGCAUAAGUCUGCUUUUGGAUACCAUUGUAAUGGUGGUUGAAAAUGCUGGAAAUGUUGUGUAAUUGUACUCGAAUAAGCCAUAUGUAUGGUCAAUCUGCCAAGAUUCACUUACAAGGCCUCAUACUACUGCUCAACAAUUUUGAGAAUCUGCAGAAAAUGCAAUUUAAAAAGGAGCUCAAUGCUCUGUUGAAUAUUUUGGUGCCAUGGGGGAAAAUGAAUCCAUGUUCUAUUUUAAAAAGUGAUGCAAAAACAUAAAAGGGGACAUGUCGGACACUGAAUCUGUCUGCUGGUUUGCAUGGUGAUCGGCCCAUUGCUAGUACUUUUAGUCCAUUAUUUUUAGAACAGAAAACUUUUGGCAAAUCUUUCCCAGUGUGAUAGUUUUGAAAGUCACUUAUUUGAAACUGAAAGCAUAAAAUGUUUCCCAAAUGCCUGUAGGCUUUUUAUAUUUGGAAAAGGAUGCAAAUUCCAGUGUGCGACAGUAACUGUUACACAAGAGCAUUCAGGUGUUUUUAGUAUGCGAGCUUUGAUUCCUUUAUUUUAUUUUUUUGGGGACAAAGAUUUAAACAAAAAUCUUUUUUUAUUUAAGUGGACAGAUAUUGUAUUCAGAUCCUGUACCUCAUUAAACUUUGCUUUUAAAAUGCAACUAAGGUGGGUCCCCUAGAUUCAAGGUUGGACAUGACCAACAUGCCCUGGCCUGACUGACCAUAUUCUUCUAGUUGUAACACAGGAACUGCACUCAAUCUUACAACCUUAGAACCAGGGUGCAACCAGAUCCAGGUCCACCACCAAAUCCCAAAUGUAAUACUUCAAAAGAAAGGAUAAGCGCACUCCAAAUGUUCAAUUUCAGGCAAUUUAUUGUCUCCCUAAUGUAAUAAGACCUCACUGGUCGAAACGUUGUUUUGCACAUUCUGGUGACAAUAAAUUGCCUGAAAUUGAACCUUUGGAGUGCCCUUAUCCUUUCUUUUGACAUGUUUUUCUAGUUAACUUUUUUGUACAUUUGCCACCUUUUUCUUUUUUCCCCUCAUAUCAAUUAGAUUACAGAAUAGGCUUUUGAGUAUAUACGGCAAAGUCCAACAGGUUAUUACAUACAAACUUUGGUAUUGUAUAUCUAAGCCAUUAAUGUUCCUUUUUUGCUUAACUCUAAAAUAAUAUUCCGGUGAGCUUUUUUUCCUUGUCUAGACCACCAAAAUGAUAUUCCCAUCUAUCAAACAGAACUGACUGACUGUUUGUUUUGCCAGAUGUGUUUUUGGGGUUCCUGAAAUCGUAUCUUCAGGUGUUUGCCUACAAGAGUGUGACUACAGAUGAAUGGAAGAAAUACCUCUAUUCCUAUUUUAAGGACAAGGUAGGAGAGUGAGGAUAUUGUAUUAUUUUACAGCUGUUCUUCUAUUAUUUUCUACUAACCUUAUGCUACAAUACCCUACCUUCCUUGUGCAGGUUGAGAUUCUUGACAAAGUUGACUGGACGGGAUGGAUGCAUACACCUGGCAUGCCACCAGUACAACCUCAGUAAGUCUUGUGUUCCAGCACUCCAGCAAUGACCUGCUGAACUUUUAUUUAUUGAAUUCAAUAAAUCCUGAAGAAUAGUAAAAUGUGCUUAGCUAAAUGUUUAUCUUGCUUUUUGGUGGAAUAAUGUUUAGGAACCUCAGACCAAUACCAUCACUCACUCCUUAGUCACCAACAUUGUUGCCAUUUACACACUUGGUGACAAAAGAGCAUUGGAAAUUCGCUAUAACUUGUAAAAAAAAAAAUAUGUCAAAGCUCUACAUGGGGUACUUGUUGGUAGUAGUGGUAUAUAAUUUUUACAGUAGUGGGAGACACAUGGUUAUUCACUAAAGUGAGAAUUCAAAGAGAAAGGGUUACUAGACCGCUUUUUAGAGGGGGGGGGGGGCAAUUCUGGUCUAAUAUGCCUUAUUGGGCAGUAUGGAAGAAGUUCCCUCCUCCCCUACCCUGUCAAUUUGCAGAAAACCUCCAAGAAAAAGUUUUAAUCACGUGGAAGCCAGCACCAGGUGAAGCUACCGGUGCUAAUCUUCUACUCCCCCUCUGACAUCACUGGGGAUGAACGCCAUCCAAUCACAGGCUUCUUAUAGAGAAGCCUGUGAUUGGAUAAUUUCGCCGGCUCAAAGCUCAUGCACGCAGCCGGAGCCAACUAGGGAAGGUUUAUUUAAAGAAACAGAGAUAGGCGGAAGGAAAUGCAGAGUAUAUGGGAUGGAAAAAGUAGCUUCCUCUUGCAGGCGCUCUGCCUACAAGGGGGAAAGAUUUUCACAUCUGGCGGCAGCAUGCCGUGUACGCAGAGACUUAUUUUAUGUACAGAAUUGACAUUGGCAGCCUGUUCUGUGUUGCCAAUGUCUCGUGCUGGGGGAGCGACUAACCCCCAGCACACAAUUUCAAAUAUCUUCGUAUGUGCACUGUUUCAAGCUGAAACACUGCACAUUCUUUCUCGUACCACCCUCACCAUGACCUUUUUAAAUCACUGAAUUGGUCAUGGUAAUUGGAAUAUCCCUUUAAAUUCAUCCUGAAUUCUCACUUUAGUGUAUAACCCUGACAGUCUCUGAAAUUUGUCUUGAGAAUUGAAACUUGUCUGAAAAAUCUUACCAGUCAUUUUGGUAGAUGUUGGCUAUAAAAUUAUUAAAUGAAAAAUGUCAAAAUGCUCUUGGUUAAAUGGCCUGAGGUUUCUAUUUUUCACAAAUGUAUAAUUUUGUGUACUGGUUUUGGAUUCUGCUAUUGACAUCAUUGUUAGUCUCGGCUACCUAAAAUACAUUUAUGUAGUGUAACACCAGAGUAUCCUUGAAUUUAUAUAACAGAGGUGACUAUCAUGUUGUCAAAGAUUGACACAUUGGCCCAACUGUUUAUAUCUUUUUUGAGUUUAUUUAAAGAACAGGAGUACUAUUAAAUAUUAAAUCGUAAACAUCGUGCCAAAAUAGACAAAAUGGAACAAUUCUCUGGAGUUUUCAUUUUCCAGCCAAAUGUUCUAUACUGCUCAAUCUAAAACGUUCCUUGUGCCUCAAAUGAAACACGUGACAUAAAAACUAGAAUGUUAAGCAAGCUCUGUAACCUGCCCAGUAUGAAAUAACUGCUAUAGCAGGACAGGAAAAAAAUAUACGAACCCCAAUAUUUUGUUAUACCCAUUAACUCUCUGGAGACUAUUGCCACAGCUUUGCAGGAAGUCUUAGAAGGAAACUAUUCUAUGAAAAGGGGUUACAUUUUGACGAUCAUCCAUUAAUGUGCAACGUGUUGGGAGUUGGUCAUUUUUUUAUCAGGAACAUAUAAUUUUUUUUUUUUAAUAUAUUUAAUUUUUGUUUUGCUUUUGUUCUUUUAGGUACGACAUGACCUUGGCUAAUGCUUGUAUUGCUCUUAGCAAUAAAUGGGUUGAGGUAAGGCGAAUACAGUAUACACAGCUGUGAAGUCUACACAGAGAAAGUAUAACUAACCUGGUUCUCCCAAUGGUAUUCUAGGCUAAGGAAAGUGAUCUGAGCUCCUUCAGUGCUGAAGAUUUAAAAGAUUUGUCCACAUUUCAGAAAACUGAGUUUUUAACGCUUUUGCUGCUCAAGGUAAGAGAAUAAUCUUUUACAUCAUAAUAUAGCUCUUUCAGUUGGCGUUCAAAGAUAGCUCAGGCUGACCGCUCGGUGUUGAGAGGCAUCUUACACUAUGAACAGUUUCAAAACCACUCAAAGAUUUUUCAGCUAUUUUUCUCAUUUCCUCUUCAUAGGAGCCACUCCCAGUCGCUCAUGUCAAACGCAUGCAAGAGGUGUACAACUUCAAUGAUGUUAAAAACUCAGAAAUUCGAUUCAGGUAUGUGAUCCUUCCAUUUUACUAAAACACGGAUCAAACUUUCAAGAUUUACUGAAAGCUGAAAAGAACAUUCGUGAUAGGUCAAAACCAGUAGUUGUUACAUGCGUGUCAUUUAUGCAGGUGGCUUCGUCUCUGCAUUCGGGCAAAAUGGGAAGAAGCUAUUCCCUUGGCGCUCAAAAUGGCAACAGAUCAAGGAAGGAUGAAAUUUACUCGUCCCCUCUAUCGGUAAGCUAUACAGAGUGAAAAGUUGGUGUAAAACAUCACAUUCUUGGUUUUACACUAGACAAAGUUGAAUAGUUAUCACUUAGAAGCUCACUAGUUCUUUCCACUUCCAAAUUUGCAAACCAUUUUAAUGCAUUUCUUUUUAACCCCUUCUUUUCAGUGAUUUGUACAACUUUGACAAGUCUUGUGAUUUAGCAGUCAGCACCUUUAAGAAGAACAGAUCGUCUAUGCAUCCAGUGACUGAAAUGCUUGUGGCAAAGGACCUUCACGUGGAUAGUUAAUGUCACUUUAGCAAUUAAGGGUUUUCUCACCAUCCUCAAUCUCUUGAAUUUUUAUGCGAUCAGAGCUUUGUAUGGUGCACAAAUUGGGUACCUUUUUAUAUGCUUGCAAUUUUUAUCAUCAUCAAAAAAUAAAUAGAAAAAAAAAAGCAUGAUUGGUUUGAUUACAUUUUCUUACAGUAUAGCCAAUAGCUUCCAGG